AUGCUCAUAUAUUUUAUCUUGUAUUUUACAGAAUUUAACCCUGCGUUGCAGGAUGCAGCGCUCACUCCCUACAGUUCAUUCCAAAGAGAUGCAGAAGAUGUGGCUUCAGUGCCCUCUUGUGGAUUGUGUUUGAAUUACAGCAUUGAAGGUGGCAGUCUGGUUUUUACUAUCCAAACAACAAUGGGUGCUGACUAUUUAACUUCUACCAAUCUGAUUGUCCGGGAAAAUCAGAAAUGUGACAUUACUAUCAAACUGCACUACAACUACACAGGGAAAUCUCUGAAAAGCAAUGGGGAUCAAAUGGACAAAACCAGUUUGCUAUUUCUUAUCAUAUGCAGCUUUAUAGUACUGGAAAACCUCAUGGUACUGAUUGCUAUAUGGAAAAACAAUAGAUUUCACAACAGAAUGUACUUUUUCAUUGGCAACUUAGCACUUUGUGACUUAUUAGCUGGCAUUGCAUACAUAGUGAACAUUCUUAUGUCCGGAGCUAACACUUGCAAUAUCUCAUUGACAGCAUGGUUUGUACGUGAAGGUAGUAUGUUUGUAGCUCUUGGUGCAUCAACAUUCAGCCUGUUGGCCAUUGCUAUCGAGAGGCAUUUGACAAUGAUAAAAAUGAGGCCUUAUGAUGCCAACAAGAAAUAUCGCGUCUUUCUCCUCAUUGGAACCUGCUGGCUUAUAUCGUUUUCCUUAGGUGCACUGCCAAUCCUUGGCUGGAACUGUCACAACAACUUGGAUGACUGCUCUACUGUGUUACCAUUGUAUUCUAAAAAGUAUGUUGGCUUUUGCAUUAGUAUUUUCAUAGUCAUUUUAAUUGCAAUAGUCAUCCUGUAUGCGCGGAUCUAUGUCUUAGUAAAAUCCAGCAGCAGAAGAGUCACAAAUCACAGCAAUUCAGAGAGAUCAAUGGCCCUGCUCAGGACUGUUGUUAUUGUUGUAGGUGUGUUCAUUGCCUGCUGGUCUCCUUUAUUCAUUCUUCUCUUGAUUGAUGUGGCCUGUAAAGCAGGGGAGUGUAGGAUCCUAUAUAAAGCACAAUGGUUUAUUGCUCUGGCUGUUCUCAAUUCAGCCUUGAAUCCUCUCAUCUACACUCUGGCCAGCAAGGAGAUGCGCCGGGCUUUCUUCCGUCUUGUGUGUGCUUGUGUGGCCAAGUCCAGUGCCUCAAGGUCUUUGCCAAUUCAGCCAACACCGGAUCUGAGCAGAAGCAAAUCCAGCAGCAGCAAUUCCCCAAAACACAAAGGAUUUCUACAAUCUCAUUUUCAAAGUAAAGAGGACAAAAGUGAAUCUUCAUUUCAGAAUGGGAAGAUCAUUAAAUGACUUGCUUACGAGCUUUGGAAAAUGGAAACUGUAUCGUUUCUACAGUUGUUUCUGCACUUAAAUUAUGACACUUCAAGUGGAUUCUACAAGACUUUAUAUAAGGCAUGGACUCCAACAUUCUCAUCAAACGUUCUAUCUCAGGAAAUAAAGUGCAUGUUCCACACAGUUACGUUUUGAAUCUUGCUUUGCAGAAUUUCUCAUCUCUUUGCUUUAUUCAGCAAGAAAGACUAACAUAUGUGUCUAUUAUAUUAACACUAAUAUAUUCUAGUUAUAUAGGUGCCUUUGGAUGAACACUGCCUCCUGUCUGGUCUACAUGUGAUGUAGGAGACACAAAGGCUUCUUAUGACAGCCAGGAUCAUUUAGCUAUAUUGAAUAGAUCUAUGCAUAGAUUUACAAUGAUUUACAUUUCUUGUAUGCAAUACACCAUUGUUACUGUGAGACUGUCCAUUAUAUGAUGACUUUGAACUGUAAACAUUCAUUUUCACAUUAGAUGUUAGUGUAAUUGAAUUAGCUUGCUUUAAUUAAAAGCCUUUGGCAAUGAACUCUUUAUAUGACCUGGUGUUGGCUAUAGUAGAACAUGAUAUAUAUAUAUAUAUAUAUAUAUAUAUAUAUAUAUAUAAAUACACAUACAGUACAUGUAUGGUUCAUGCUAUGUGUGAUUCAACUAUUAGGCCAGACAACAAAAUAAAAAACUGGUGAUCGUGAGAAUUUGGCCAUUUUUUGCUCCAGAUAUACUCCAAUGUUAUUAUUGCAUAAUAUAUACUCUUGAUAUAGGCAUGCACAUGGCACUGUUUUAGCCUUGAAUGUGGCUAAUUUCUAGUUGUCAGCUACUGUACUUUAUGGUAACAUGAACCACUCAUGGGUUCCAUGCUUGUUUAUCUUAAGAAAACACAUUGUUAUCUUUUUUUUUUUUAAGUUCAGGGUCAAGCACUACAAAGGCAUUACACAAAAUCAAACAUGCAUGGGAUAGGCAUAAGGCUAUUGUUAAUAUAACAUUAAAUUAGGCACUAUUAAUUGUAUUCUGGAUAUUGGGCAGACUACAUGGGCUGAAUGGUUCUGAUCUGCUGGAACAUUUUAUGCUUCUUCAUGUUCUUUGCUGAAAAAUAUAAUUUUGUUUUGUAAACAUCACAUCAGAUUUGUAGCUAAAUGGAAAGACAACUCAGCUUAUACUGAUAUUUUCUACUGUUCCUUAGAAGGGCAUUUCUAAAAUUCUUCCUAUUACUAUUGCUAUUUUACAUACUUAUAGAGAGUAUUAAUAUUGUAUAAAGGAAAAAUGAGUGUGAUCUUCAGUACCAUGGUAAAUACACUACUAAAAUGUAACCUUUUGGGAUAGCUUAUUUAAACUAUAAUCAAGUCCACCAAUAACAAUAAGCAUCUCUUAGAUCCCAGAAUAAUAAUACUGAACCUACUUAAAUCAAUAGAGAUAGUUAAAUCAUUUGAAUCAAGGGUAAUUUGUACUCAAGCACAGAGGAAAUGGAUUUUCUCAGAAGGAUUGGGUGUCCAUGUACUUCUAUGGAGAGGGAAGGGGGAGAAGAAAACAGCUGCAGAGAGAGGCACAGACAUACAGACAAAAGAGGAGACUCUGAUCCCCUAUGUCUCACUCAUACUCAAAAAAUCAGCAGCAGGAAAUACAUUAGAGAGCAGUGAUGAGUAGUAUAGCUGUGAAAUCAGCUUUUUCUUUCUCUCUCUUGCUCUCUCUACCUUGUCCGUUGUUGUCCAAAGAUAAUUAUGGGCUGCAGCUGUAACCAGAUCUCCCAAUAACGCUGUCUAUUUUCUGUCUUUUAUAGACAAUUGUUAUCAGUUAAUUCUGAGAGAUCAGUGCAUGAAGCAUGGGGAUGUAGGACAGGCACCUGAUAAGCGGUUUGAGUUCACAUUUCAACUGACUACAAUGGGAUUAUUAUAUGCUAAAGUAAACCGGAAUUAACCCUAUUACCCUUAAUGGUAUAAAAGUGACCUUUUUGUUAGCAUACUAGCAGUAGUGUAUAACUAAAACUCCCUUAGGGUACGUUCACACGUACGCAGAUUUGAUGCACAGGGUUUUCUGCGGCAGAUUUCAAUGUAAACUAAAUGACUGAGCACAGCUUCUAAUCGGCAGUUACAACUCCUGCACAUCAAAUCUGCACAGGAUCCUGUUAUGUGUGAACAUACCCUUAAAAGUUUUUUUUUUCAUUAAGAGAACCUCUUCUUAAACUGAAGCCAGCCCAGUUAUGAGCGGUUUGCCAAGGACUUGGUUUCAAAAGAUUUAACUGUCCAUAUAUCUUUUCUGCACUGUCCCUUGGAGGCAAACUGAAAUAGUAUAUGCCUCCCAUUUUAACCCCUCAAGGACGCAGCCCUUUUUCACCUUAAGGACUGAGCCCUUUUUCGCAAUUAUGACCAUCGUCACUUUACGAAUUAAUAACGCGAAAACAAUUUUAUCGAAUAUUCUUAUUCUGAGAUUGUUUUUUCGUGACAUAUUCUACUUUAUUUUGGUGGUAAAUUUUUGUCGUUAAUUGCAUCCUUUUUUGGGGAAAAAUCCCCAAAUUUCAUGAAAAUUUUGAAAAUUUUGCAUUUUUCUAACUUUGAAGCUCUCUAAUUGUAAGGAAAAUGGAUAUUCCAAAUAAAUGUUAUUUUUCUUCACAAAAACAAUAUGUCUAGUUUAUGUUGGCAUCAUAAAAUGGACAUACUUUUGCUUUUUGAAAAACUAGAGGGCUUCAAAGUAGAGCAGCAAUUUUCAAAAAUGUCAUGAAAAUUGCUAAAUCUGAAGGGACAGAUGUUACAGAAUUACAACUCCCAGCAUGCCUGGGCAGUCGAGGCAUGCUGAGAGUUGUAGUUUGGCAACAUCUGGA